CUGGAGUAUUUCUAAGACAGCAGUCUUGAAAAGAAAAACUAGCUCUAAACUAACAUCUCAGGAAUUACAGUGUUUUUUUUAUCAUUUUUGGGGUUGGAAAAGACUUGACAACAGAAGAUCUUUACCAGAUCAGUCUGACCUUCUAUUGGAUCUCUUGGACACGGCAAGAUAAAAUAUGCAUCUUUUCUCUUCUGCUGUUUUAACGAGUCUUCUGGCUUGUACGCUGUGUUGGGUGUCUGAAAAAUGUGUUGUCUUUGAAGAUUACAUGGAUGAAAACAUAGUGGAUAAAUGUCCAAAAAGUAACCUGUCAGGAUCCUGUAAAGGCGUCUCCAAUGUGGCACUCGAUCUCGCUGGGAUUCCAUCUCAUCUUGAGGUCCUCUGUUUGCAUCUUGCAAAGGAUCCGUGUCUGCAUCCUAACUCUUUCUCAAGGUUUACGAAGCUCACAAGCCUAAUAAUCACGGGAUCUAUCUCAACUGUCCUCCCUGGAGCUUUUAAAAAUCUUUUGAGUCUGAAAAGACUGGAAAUUACCUGCUUACAAUCAUUGAACAUUUCCUUUUCAUCUGAGAUUUUCAGUGACCUUCAGAACAUCCAAAUACUUUUGAUCGUCAACUGCAAGCUCUCGUCCAUGACAACAGACGUGUUCAAAGGGAUGGUAAAGUUGGAAACUCUCACAUUAACUGACAGUAUAGAUGACUUUUCUGAGUUGUUGUGCAGAUUAACAUUUGUGUCAUCGUCAUUAAACUAUUUAGAUGUAUUUGCUGAGAAAUUAGUUAAUGUUUCAACGCCAGUUUGUGCUUUUUCUAACGGGACUUCUUUUGAUGUUAAGUUUCAUAAAUUUGAGACCCUCUUUCUUGAGUUUAAUUUGGAUAGUGUAAUGAAUAAAACAGUGAUGAAAUAUUUCCCAAAAAUAGAUGUUUUAAAAACAUAUUUUACUACAUUUGAAGUUUUAAAAUCUGAAUUUACAAACAUUGACAUUUUAGGUUUAACUUAUUUUAGUGAGUUUAGCAGCUUUAAAGAAAUCUGUCAAGCCACACAUGACCUUUCGUCGACUGGCAUCAUUGUGUCAUUCCCAAAUGUAACCAAGUCUUUCGUGCCCGAUCUGGAACGAUGCAUGGGCCUUGAACAUCUUUUAAUUUAUUGUGAAGAAAAAUGUACAGCAAUGAAUUUAACAUUCAUCAAUGUUCUAAAAAAUCUUACAUUAUUGUUUAUUAAAUGGAAACUUACUCCAGAGAGCAUUAAUAGGGACAGGCCAUUGGCACUGUGUGAAAAUCAGAGUGAUCUUAUUACAAAACUCAAAACAGUAAAUCUUUUUACAAACAAUUUCAUAAGAAUUGGCCCCAGACAUUUUAACUGCCUGCAAGAACUCGAGGAACUGUACUGGGCUAAAAGUGAGAUUGAACAUAUUGAAGAUUUUACAUUUAACAGUACAAGAUUUCUUAAAACUUUGGACCUCAGUCGUAAUAAAAUAUCUCAACUCACAAACUUUACCUUCUUCGGUUUAUCUAACCUAAAAACUCUCCUACUUGAAGAAAAUAGGCUGCUUAUGAUUGAGACGUGGACUUUACUUCCUUUAACAUCUGUAGAGUUUGUAAAUUUGGGAGUCUUUCAGUAUUCCUCCUCUGAACCGUCAAAGAUCCAGAUCAACCUCAGCCUUCCUGAAAACUUGACUAAGUUGUCCAUCAGCUCCGGAAUACGACCAAUGACUCUUAUUUUAAACAACAGCAAGAAAUCCCAGGUGGGGCUCAGCCUCAAUGUUUCUGGCCAGUCUGUGACUUUUCAGGAUUGUGACAAUACGCUUUUCAAAUCUCUUGUUGAAUUAACUGCAGAGACAGAGCAAUUGCUCUGUGGUCAGUCCUUUCCUGGUCAGUUCCUCAAGUCUUUGAGACAUCUUAUGAUCAGAGCAAAUCGCAAGACGGCACAAAUGGAUUUGACAGAUUUGAACCAACUGGUCAACCUGAAGAGUCUGAUCCUCUUUAAUGUGGAUUUGUCUCGGCAGUCUGGUCUUGAUGUGAUUUUUCACAACUUGUCCAAUCUGGAGUAUCUCUAUAUGUCCUUUUGCUCAGUACCUUUAUUGGAGAAAGACUUGAGCAGAGACCUGAAGUCACUAAAAGUGAUGUUUUUGCAUGCAGACGAUGUGUUCAGUGUGAUGGAAAACUUUAUCGAGCCCCUGAAGAACCUUCGCUAUCUCAUCCUUAAAGACGCACUUCUACACUGUAGCUGUGACAAUGCUUGGAUUACCAACUGGGCAAAGUAUGUACAGAACGUUCAGGUCAAUUUUCGUGAUAGCACAUUGGAAAUGUUACAGUGUAAAACUGCGGAUGAAACCAAGUUCCUGCAGAAAUUUGCUCAAGAAAACUGUUUCAUCAAUGUGGACUUUUUCCUUUUUGUCUCCACUUCUCUGGGACUGGUGUUCUUCAUGCUGGUAGUGCUGCUCCAUCAGCUGGUUGGAGAUUACCUGCUGGCUUUCUUUCACAUAGCUCGGGCCUGGGUAGAGGAAGCCAUGAGGGCAAACAGAAAAGGACAUUACCACUUCGAUGUUUUCGUGUCUUACUCUGGGAAGGAUGAGCGCUGGGUGAUGGAUGAACUUCUGCCCAAUCUGGGGAAACGUGGACCCCCAUCCCUCAAGCUUUGCCUGCACAGCAGGGACUUUGAGUUAGGAAAGGACAUUGUGGAGAACAUCACGGACAGUCUCUACAAAAGCAGACACACCCUCUGCCUGGUUAGUCGCAACUACCUGCGGAGUACCUGGUGCUCUCUGGAGAUGCGUCUGGCAACGUACAGGCUGCUGGCUGAACACAGGGAUGUUCUUGUUCUGGUCUUUCUGGAGAAGGUUCCUCAUCAACUCUUAAAUGUACAUCAUAGACUGUCCCGGCUGGUGAAGACCCGGACCUACAUGGACUGGCCACAUGACCCGGCACUGCAUAAUGCAUUCUGGGAGAGACUGUGGAAAAAACUCGCACCCGAUUCUGCCUAGGUAAAAAUGUAUUAAUGUAUUAGCAUAAGACAUGUCUUUGCACAGUUAAUUAUUUCCUUUGAGGAAAUUCUGGAACUUUGCCAUGUAGAUUUAAGAGAAUGUCAGAUGAAAAUUUAUAUACAUAUUGUAGGAUAUUGCCAAAAAAGGCAUAUAAGAACAGGUGGAAUAUUCAAGACUUUGUGAAAAGUGUGAGCUUUAAAA